AUGUUUUUAUUUCGCAAGAAGAAGAAGGACGGGGAGGAGGAAACGCCCAAGUGCGAACGGAAAUUCAAGUCGGCCCACAAACGAUGGAAGAACAACUGGUACUACGAUGAGCCAAGAACGCGAGGAACGCAGAAGCGGAUCAAUGUCCAGAACAAUCAGGUCAACCCCUUUCUAGAACUGGAGGCACGCGGUUUCGCCAUACUUCAGCGGCGACAUCGUUUGAUGCAAUUACUGGGAGACGAGGAGAAUCCAGCCGUCACGGAGAAGCGUCCACCGGGUUAUAUCACCCAGACGCAGCGAGAGCUCUUCCAAAAGGCCGUCCAGGACCUCAUGGUCGACUACUGGAAGAAUGCAGCCGGAUUGCGAACGAUGCAGGAGUCGUGGAAACGUGAAUAUGAAUUGGAGAAGCUGCAGCUGCUCCGUGCACACAAAGACCGCCAUGGCCGGCUUUUUGCUUGGGUAUGGGACCAGGAGAAAUGCGCGGAUCUCGGAGGCUGCUGUGGGCAGACGUGCGGCUGUUGCAAGAAGCCGCUACUGACAUACCUGCGCCCUUCGGACGAUGGGGAGGAAGUCCACGGUGUCUAUGGACAUUGUACCGAGGAGUGUGCCUGUUGUAUCAGGGGCGGUCGUCGUCGACCUCCCCAUCCGCGCCUUCCUCCAGCACCUGAUAAGGGUAUGUUUUGA